UGCCUUCACCAACACCGUCGUUUCCUCCAUCGCUCUCACUCCCCUUCUCUCUCUCCUGCUCGAACCCCACCCCCCCCCAAAAUUCCUCCUCCGAUUUCUAGGGCUUCCCGAUCGAUCGUUCGCUCGUCGACCUGAACCUUCGCCGGCCGGACGCUUCUUUCUUCGCCGACGACGACGACGACGACGACGACGAGCGGCGGGGGCCUGUUUGGGGUUGUGUCCGGAGCGAAUUUGCGUCGGCCCCUUUUGACCUUUCGGGCAGCUCGGGGGAGAGGAAGGAGGAGGAGGAGGAGGAGGAGGAGCAGCAGCUGCUAUGGACGGCGAUUCGUGGAGCGCGCGCCUGUCCUCGGCCUCGAAGCGGUACCAGUCCGCUCUCCAGUCGAGAUCCGAUAUGUUUAUGGGGUUCGAAGAAUUCGAUGGAGAUUAUGAUAUAAGAGAGGAGUUCCCUUGCCCCUUCUGUUCUGAGUUCUUUGACAUCCUGGGCUUGUGCUGCCACAUAGAUGAUGAGCACCAGCUGGAGGCAAGGAAUGGGGUUUGUCCAGUUUGUGCAAUGAGAGUGGGGUUUGAUAUGGUUGCACACAUAACCUUACAGCAUGGAAAUAUUUUGAAGAUGCAGCGUAAGAGGAAAUCACGUAAAGGUGGAUCUCACUCCACACUUUCUUUGUUGAGGAGAGAACUACGAGAAGGGACUCUCCAAUCCCUUCUGGGUGGCUCUGGUAUGCUUUCUUCAACAAAUGCGGCUCCAGAUCCGUUGUUAUCAUCCUUUAUUUCGCCUGUUGCUGGGAAUCUCUCCAGUUCUCAGCCAUCCCUUCAAAUAGAAACAAGCUCAGCCAAGAAAAGUUUGAAUGAAAAUGUGGCAGAAAGCCACAGUCAAGCAUCGCCUUUGUCAGAUAAGGAUCGUGAAGAGAGGGCAAAGAGGUCUGAAUUUGUGUCUGAGCUAUUAUGGUCCACCGUAAUCGACGACAAUUUAUGAGUAGGUGUGGAGGGGCGGGUGAUAUGGAGCUUUAUGUGACCGAGAAUCUGGCUCUGCAAUCUUUAUGGUUGGCCCUGGGUGAACAUGUUGUCUGCUGAUGUAUUAAAAUAGGAAGCGAGGGAAAUAAGGUUUAUAAGCUAAAGUGUAAUUCAUUGCUUGUCGACUUUGGUGUAGGCCCGAGGGAAAAUGCUGUAUCGUCCUUGUUUGUUGUUUAUCAUUGUUAAAGUUUAAAUGAGAAUGACGUGCUUUGACGUGCAUAGCUCCAGUGUGAUGCUUGGACCUCUCAAAGUAACGAUGUCGAAGGAA